AGUAUGAAUUUCCAACUCACGCCGAAUCCAUGAACAGUCUUCGAAACCAUGGACGCUUUGACAGCAGCUUUGGUGCUUUGUUCCUUUUCCGUUUCUUGGGCAGUCGUAACAGUCAGAUUCGACGGCGAGUUCAGUCGCUGCCAAAAUGGAAUAGAGUUGAUCGGUUUAGACGUGUCCAAUUUCGACGUUCUGAUGAUGGACAACGAAAAUUUCACUCUGAACGGGUGCCUGCGGUUCACGAAAGAUUUCAACAAUCCAACUAGCAUGAACAUAAAACUAGAGCGCAACAAACAUGGCAUGUGGUUUCCGAUGAUGUCACGAUUCAUUCCGAAUUUCUGUGAAGUUAUCAAACAUCCGGGGGACGUGUGGAGCCCGUUAAUGGCCGCCUUCAAGCAACAGAAUUGUCCAUUUUUGGCUGGGCACGUGGAGACUUUCAAUAACACGAAUAUUGGCACUAUGGCUUCGGAAUUGGUGGUUCCUCCCAGUCUGUUGGGUGAAUGGCGAAUGUUUCUAGAAGUUCUAACCAUACGGUCUGAGGAGAAGGAGAACGAAUGCCUACAGGCAAAUUUUCAGCUGGAGGAUAUUUAACGCCUCAAGGGUGUUUCAGAGAAAGCGUUUCGACAGUAUAGAUUUUGAAUAAAGCGAAACGUAAGUCAUUAAAUACAUAAAUUGGUGUCUGGACCGGUUUGACUACAAUAAUCCGUAAAUAAAGCAAGAGUGCUUUUACUGA